AUGGCUCGCUUCUUCCCACGAUCCUUCCAGCACCGGACAGGCUCGGCUGGAAGUCAAGAUAGGCGGAGAUGUGCUACGUACCCUUGUGGCUGCUUGCUCAACUGCUCGGAGUUCUUCCGCGGCCCGAGCUGGGCCGACAUGUGGGAUGAGGAAAACAAGGCGAGUCCGCGCCUUCGCCCGAGUCAGCGGUCUUUGCUUUAUGCGGCCCCGCAAUUCCGUGGUGUGUUGCGCGUUGGUGAUCGAACGGUCUUGGUGAAAGGCAUGAUGAUGGUCAAUGCAAAACUGGGGAACAAAUUGCACGUGCGCCAGUCCUGCGUCAAGGCGGAGUGGCCUGCAGACCCAGACACUGACAUUCAGCUGGGCCUUGACGUUGUUCAAGGUAGCAACAGGUCACAAGGUGUCCCCAAGCUCCACGCACAAGUCCUGUCGGCUCUUGCCAUGCGCUCGUGCUUGAUCCCUGGGCGCAAGGAAGCCAAGGCGGAGCCUUGGAGUUUUGAGCUGAGCGGCAGGCCAGCUUGCUGGCUGCCAUGGAAGCGAACGCCUGGGAUCUACCCCGCCCCGAACCGGCCACGCAGCUCCCACGGCAUCCCGCAGGACAAAAUUGAGGUCACCUACCAGGAGGAGCGCGUCACUGAUCCUACCCAGAUGGCUGAGGAGGUGGAACGUCCGUGGGCUUUCCGGACGUAUCGGGCCAAGGAGGCUAUGCUGCGCGGCGGGCGGCGCUUCAAAGCUGAGGUUCAACGACAGCAAAGCGACCCUCAUUUGCCCCUCGAGGGCUUCGGGGCUGGUCACGUGAUCGUCGAUGGCAAGGUCUUGACUGGCCCCGUGGUGGUGCGGCGGUCGCCGCUGAUGCUGCCUGGAGACCUCGAGAUUUGGGAAGCGCGCCCCUCCUCGUCCAAGCGACAUGCGCUUCGUGCCCGACAAUUGUAUCAUCUGCAGUUGCCGCGGCAUGGGCGUGAUCAGCCUGGCCGGCGGGACUACGAAGGGGACAUUGUAUUUGUUUCCUGUGAUCCAGACUUGCUUCGGUUGGUCGCCAGUACCCCAGACGGUCGAGGUGUGAAGCGCCUACAACGUGCAGAGGGCUUUGCCAAGAAGCAGUUGGGGGAAGGCCACGCCUUGCAGCAGCUUCGCCAACAAAGUCAUGAAAUUCACCUCAACUUCAAAACAACCUACCUUAUGCUUGAAACACCAACCAGAAACUU